AUACUCCCGUUGUUCAUUUUCUCGCGAGAAACCACGAAGUUUCCGGUGUUGUGGAUGUUCCUGGAAACAUGGCGGCCAGCUUCCGCGGCCGUCCUAUCCGGAGUCUUCGGAUGCGAGGUCGGAAUGACAGCGGGGAAGAGAACGUACCGCUGGAUCUGACCAGAGAACCACCAGAAAACUUCAGGGAAAUCCUUCAAAAUGUGGCCAAACCACAUGGUGUCAGUAACAUGCGAAAACUUGGCCACCUGAACAACUUUGUCAAGCUGCUAUGCAGUGUUGGGCAUCAUGAGGAAAUCUUUGGGUUUACAUACGAAGAAAUCAUUAUUUGUCUGCGACUAGCUUUACUUAAUGAGGCUAAGGAAGUGCGUGCUGCUGGGUUGCGGGCACUCCGCUACCUCAUUCGUGACACCAUUGUGCUGCAGAAAGUCCUCAAACUGCAAGUGGAUUAUUUGAUAGCAAGGUGCAUUGACAUCCAGCAGAGCAACGAAGGGGAAAGGACUCAGGGCCUGAGACUAGUCCGUAAGAUCAUCACUGUCAAUGCAAUGCUUUUCCCCACCUCUGUUGCAAACUCUCUUAUUGCUGUGGGGACUGAUGGACUACAAGAGAGGGACCGAAUGGUCCGAGCAGCCAUCGCAAUUGUUUGUGAGCUAGCCCUGAAAAACCCUGAGGUGGUCGCUAGGCGGGGAGGUCUCAGCACUAUCUUGAAGAAUGUGAUUGACUGUCAGCUAAGUCGCAUCAAUGAAGCUCUAAUCACCACCAUCCUCCAUCUUCUCAACCACCCACGUACCCGUCAGUACGUGCGCAUUGAUGUAGAAUUAGAGCAAAUCCUCGCGCCUUUCACGGAUUUUCACUACCGUCACAAUGCAGACACGGCUGAAGGUCAAAUCAAAGAGGACAAAGAGGCACGUUUCUUAUCGAGUAGGAUGGCCAUAGUGGCAGCUUUCCGCUCUUGGUCUGGGAUUAUCAACCUAUGCAGGGCUGGAAAUUCUGGAAUCCAGUCUUUAAUUGGUUUACUCAGCAUACCAAAUAUGGAAGUUAGGAAAGGCUUGUUGGAGGUGUUGUAUGAGAUAUUCAGACUCCCUGUGCCCAUCGUGACCCAAGACUUCACCGAAGCUCUUCUAAGUGUUGACCCAGGUAGAUUCCAGGACACAUGGAGACUCUCUGAUGGGUUCGUUGCUGCUGAGGCCAAAGUUAUUCUUCCCCACAGGGCUCGUUCACGACCUGAUUUGAUGGAUAACUACUUAGCAUUUGUGCUCUCUGCGUUCAUCACCAGUGGCCUGUUGGAGGGCCUUGUAGAAGUGGUGACAAGCAAUGAUGACCAACUAGCUGUCAGAGCCACCAUCAUUCUGGGCGAGCUUUUACAUAUGGCAAACACCAUCCUUCCACACACACACAGUCACCACCUGCACUGCCUUCCCACCCUCAUCAACAUGGCAGCCUCCUUUGACAUCCCACAAGAAAAAAGACUUCGGGCGAGUGCAGCUGUCAACAAUCUGAAGCGUUUCCAUGAAAGAAAAAAGAAAGGUUUUAAACCACACAGCCUCUAUUUGGACCACAUCAUCCGCAAGUCUGUGUCUUCGCAUAGCCGCAGAGAAUCACACUCACGGGUCCCAAGGGACAUUUAUGUCAUUAAGGACACAGAGGAAGCGUUGAUGAUGAAUUUACGAGAUAGUCACAUUCUCAACCACAAGCAAAACCUUGAGUGGAACUGGUUGCUCAUUGGUACAAUACUUAAGUGGCCAAAUGUAAAUCUCAGGAACAACAAAGAUGAACAGAUGCACAAGUUUGUGCGGCGGCUGCUCUACUUCUAUAAGCCUAGCAGUAAAUUGUACGCAGGGCUAGCUUUGGAUCAUGUUAAGGCAAGACAACUUACUGUGGUUGGCUGUCAGUUCGUUGAGUUCCUCAUGGAUUCGGAUGAGGAUGGCCAGGGCUACCUGGAGGACCUGGUGAGGGAUAUGGUUUCGUGGCUUUCUUCGUCCUCAGGCCUGAAGCCUGAACGCUGCCUGCAAAGUAACGGCCUGCUCACCACACUUAGCCAACACUACUUUCUUUUCUUGGGGACGCUCUCUUCACACCCUCAUGGAGUUAAACUUUUGGAGAAAUGUGGCCUGUUUCAGUGCCUGCUGAAUCUGUGCUCUGUGAAGAACCAGGACGCUGUGCUGAAGCUCGCUGUAGCCACACUAGACUACAGCAGAGAUGGUCUGGCAAGAGUUAUCCUCUCCAAGAUCCUUACUGCUGCUACUGAUACUUGCAGACUGUACGCAACCAAGCAUCUCCGAGUGCUCCUGCGAGCAGGCGUGGAAUUCUUUAGCAGCUGGGGCAUGGAACUGCUGGUUACACAGCUUCACGACCACAGCAAAGCUGUGUCCAUGGAGGCACUUGAUGUUCUGGACGAAGCCUGUGAAGACAAGGCCAACCUUCAUGCGCUCAUCCAGCUGAAACCAGCUUUGUCUCACCUGGGAGACAAAGGCCUCCUGCUGCUCCUCAGGUUCUUGUCCAUACCUAAAGGGUUUUCUUAUCUCAAUGAGAGGGGUUAUGUCAGCAAACAGCUCGAUAAAUGGCAGAAGGAAUACAACUUAAAAUAUGUAGACCUGAUAGAAGAGCAACUCAACGAAGCACUAACAACCUAUCGCAAACCUGUUGAUGGCGAUAACUACGUCAGACGCAGCAACCAAAGGUUACAAAGACCAAAUGUCUAUCUCCCUGUGCACUUGUAUGGUCAGCUAGUCCACGAUAAGACAGGCUGCCAUCUAUUAGAAACUCAGAGUAUAGUUCCUGACCUCAGCUACACUGUUCGCUCCCCAAUGCUGGACACCUGGGAGGGCAUCAAACAGCUGAAGGCUGCUCUUUGGGCUCUGGGCAACAUUGGCUCUUCAAACUGGGGCUUAAAUCUCCUCCAUGAGGAGAACGUCAUCCCUGACAUGCUUGCAUUAGCUCAGCACUGUGAGGUGUUGUCAGUACGAGGUACAUGUGUUUAUGUGCUGGGAGUGAUAUCCAAGACUAGGCAGGGGUGUGAGAUGUUGAAGCAGUACGGGUGGGAUGCAGUCAGACACAGUCGCAGAACUCUGUGGCCAGUCACUCCAGAUGAGGUUGAACCUCACUUGACCUCUGAACUAUCAUCAGUGCCAAGCACGCUCAGUCUCAACUCUGAAUCCACCAGCUCCCGUCACAACAGUGAGAGCGAGUCUCAACCAAACAUGUACAUCCUGGAUGAUGAUAAAUGUGAUGUUCUGGACCAGUCAGAUGAGUCUCCGUUCUAUAUACACUCCAAACCAGUCAAGGACCGCAGCCCCUUUACCAUCUUGGCCUCCACACGCUUUGUCCGUGCACGUUUCCUCAACUCUCUGUCCCUUCCCAGUAAGAAGUUGCGCUCCACAAGCGAUCCCAAGACCCCGACGGGCUCCCGCACACCGACUGAGUUUAAGAUGAGGCGUAACCGGACCGUGACGGAACCCUCUGCUUACAGCUCAAACCAGGGUGAGGUCUUCACCACUGUGUUAAAUGGCAGAGGAAUGCCAAAGAGUCCCACUGUCAGCCUGGAGACAUCAUUUGUCGGUACCCGGGGGGGAUCUGAGGAGCAUCUUGUAGAUGGAAAGUUGGCCAAAGGAGGAGGCUCAGGCCUAGCAUUGAGUGGUCUUGGAGGGCACAUGGAGCAUCCCUGUCGAGAACGGGAGCAGAGCAGCCGAGAGCGUCUGGCGGGAGGAGAUGGAGGCACCUCUUCUAGCGGGGGCAAUGUGGGAGGGGGAGGAAACACGGGAGGUACCCAGUUCAAAAGUCGCAGUCAGAGCUUUAACACGGACACCACGACCAGCGGUAUCAGCUCGAUGAGCUCCAGCCCAUCAAGGGAAACCGUUGGAAACCCUGAGCAUUCCGAACCUGAACCAGACUCUUCAGACUGUGUUAGCCUCAACACAGUUGUCUCAGCCAAGACUGUCAAAGCUCUGUCCCCUCUCACCCCUCAGACACAGACAAACCACAUGUCUUCAUCCAAGUCCUCCACUGUUUCUUUGGUACCACCUGGGUCCUCGCACACACUCCCCCGUCGGGCUCAAUCGCUAAAGUCACCCUCAGUGACCACCAUAAAGAGCCUAGCUGACUGCAGCUUCAUGUACACAAGCCCCAGAGACGCGUUGGGUUAUGCCACACUCAAACGGCUGCAGCAACAACGGAUACACCCGUCUUUGUCUCAUAGUGAAGCAUUGGCUUCACCUGCAAAAGAUGUACUAUUCACAGACACCAUCACUAUGAAGACAGGCAGCCUGGACUCUCGACUCACGCCUCGCAGUCUCUCCCCCCGGAUCCUCUCACGUACCUCUCCUCUUGGCCUCCCUAGGUUUUUGAAGGCUCUAAGUUUCGCCUCCCUGGACAAAGAGGAGCUCCUAAGUCCAAUCAACCAGAGCACCUUGCAGCGUUGUUCCUCUGUGCGCUCCAUGGUCUCCAGCGCCACCUACGGGUGCAGCGAUGACUACAUAGGACUCGCGCUGCCUCUGGACAUUAAUGAUAUGUUCCAUAUUAGAGACACAGCGUACUUUCAGCAGAGGAUAAGCCCACCAUCAGAGGAAAGGAAACGCUUUCUCUUUGGUGAUGAAAAUGGUGAUCGUCCUGCCUUGCCGGUACUGAAGCAGCAGUUCAGUAUUUCCGAGCUGAUUGUGAACAGAGGUGAUUGCCCAAACCACAUUAUAGACGCUGAUGAGACGGGACUGCAGGAUCAUACUGAGGAGAACUGCCUCUACUGUGUAGGGGCCAUUGUCCUGGGUUACCCUGCACAGCCACCGAUCAACAAUGCACGGUCCCGGACAGAUUAUUUGGACUUCCCAUCUUGGGGAGGCCAAAGCGGCCACCGUUUGGAGGUUAUGCCUCAGUCCAAGUUCUCUGGUGUGUCGGGCUGCAGCGAUUCUGCUGUGUCCCAAAGCUCCAUCUGUGGCACACCUACACCUAAUGACAUUGUCAUUGGUGGCAAGGCAAUAUCAGAGGAUGGCCCUGCCCCUCGAGUGCUGCUAAGAAAGGAGGUGCUUCGUCUCAUCAUCAACCUUAGCUCGUCUGUAGGAACCAAAGGCCAUGAAACAGGACUUCUCACGAUAAAAGAGAAGUUUCCAUAUGCAUUUGAUGACAUCUGCCUAUACUCAGAGGUGUCUCAUCUCUUAGCCCACUGCAUGUUCCGACUGACCUCCAGACGUUUCAUACAGGAGCUCUUCCAGGAUGUUCAGUUCAUGCCAAUGUACGAGGAGGCAGAGGCAAUCCUGACAAAGCUGACAAAACCUGUUGACAAGGAAGGGGAACCUCCUGAUGAAUCCUGAUCAUCAUCCUUCCCAGCUAUGUCUUGCUUACCAAUCCCUGAACACGCCACCCCACAAUGAACCAUGAAAGACUGACACACAGAUAUGGCUCGAAGGGGGCGAGCAGGUUUCCGAUGCUCAAAACCGAGUAUAAGUGGCCAAGGAAUAAGUCAAGGAGGAGUGGAACGUUUCGUCGCUCGCUGUUCUUCAAGCAAGCAAGAGCUGCCAAUGAAGAUCAGUGCCUGUAAACAAUGUUUUACCAUCUUAUGCUGUUUCAGAUUUUUUUAACGGGAAAAAAAAGAGGAGCAGCUCAACCAAAUACUGUCUUCAGAGGGUCAGCCAACUCGAGUAACACUCGACGAUAACGCAUCAAAAGAACAAACUGAAACAAGAGGUCAAAAGUCUCAUGUUGUUCCAAAAGGAAAAAAAAAUCUCUUGACUGUCUCGUUCCAGAGGUUGAUUUCUGUCAUGACAGACAUUGUACUCAUAUAGUGAGUCCUCAGAUCCUGUGUGCUUUUUGCCCUCUGAACCAAAACACUAAAAAAGGGUCCUGCUGUUUUUUAAGGAUCUGAAGCCUUUGUGCUUCCCAUUCACCCGCCUGUGAUCUGUACAAGCCAUGUGUCUUUUCAGCUUAUCUUUUCCUUACUGUCCCAGAACUUGUAGACUCCUGUCAGCACAGAUGACCCAUUCCUUUCCUAGUUCUUGUAUCUCCAGACAAUCAAACAUCUGUAGUAUUGUCUUAAGCACUAUUUGGUAUAAGCCACCCUUACAAAGUACAUGAGAAUAGCAUGUAGUUUUUUGCUAGUUAAUACCAUCCUUUUUCCCCCCCUUAAUGUCUUUCUCAGUCAUUACAUUCUUAGUAAACUUGUGUUUUUUCGUCAGGAGGUGCAACGAUCUAUGGCCAAGUUUGCUGUUUCUGCUAUUCAUUGUGUAGAAUGAGUCGAUAUAAAAUUAGCACCAAAACCCGCAUAAACAUAGCAGCUACCCAACACUAUGCCUUCUUACCUCUGUGCUUCAUUUCCUCUGCAUGUGUUACACGCAUGGGCCAAGUUGUCACCUUAACUUGUUUCUUGCUCGUAAAACUUUUUUUUUUUUCCCAAGAAGGUUGCCAUUACAUUGUAGGAGUUAAAAUACCCUGGAUUCUUGUUUCCAACAAUGCAAUAUCACUGUCAGAGGCUGAGAUAGAAGAGGGUGACUAAAUGAUAUGUAAAAGGUUGCCAGGGAGACGGGAUGGGACUGAUCUCUGCUUCCAUUGGCUAAUUUUUGCUCUAAUGCUGCUACACAAAUGGACUCAUAGAGAUGAUUCAUAGAUCAACUGAGUGAUGUCAGAUCUGAUCUAUUUAUUAUAUGUCUGUACCAUAGUGAGCUCAACCAGAGAAGAAAAAAAGUUAUUUAUAUUUUCCUCAAGACUGUAUUAUAAUUUAAUAAGUUUCUUUUUUUUUUUUUCUUGCCUGAAUCGUGGGUUCCCCUGUAUAUUGUGUACAGUAUGUUUUGGGGGCAUUGAUGACCUAAAGAAACAUACAAUCCUAUCAAAGGGAUGCAUUGUUAAUUAAAAAAAAAAAAGAUGAAACUACCCGUUUUGCUGUUUUGUGUACCCUUUCU